ACUCCGAAAAAAUAAAAUAAAAAAAAUAAUACGAAUAUAUUAUCACUCUGCUUUCUCUCUCCUUCUGAAUUUUCUCUCUCUCAAAUUCAUUUUCGCAGUUUUAAGCUAAGAAAUCAUGGGCAAGGGUCCAGGUCUCUACUCCGAUAUCGGCAAAAGAGCUCGAGAUCUUCUUAACAGGGAUUACCAGAGCGACCAGAAGUUCACACUCACAACCUGCUCACCGACUGGAGUUACACUCACUUCAACAGGAACAAAGAAAGGUGACCUGUUUUUGGCUGAUAUCAAUACUCAGUUGAAGCAUAAGAAUGUCACCACUGACUUUAAAGUGGAUACGGGUUCCAAUCUUUUCACCACCGUCACAAUUGAUGAACCAGCUCCUGGACUGAAGACGAUCAUAAGCUUCAAAGUUCCCGAUCAAAGAUCUGGGAAGUUGGAACUUCAAUACUUGCAUGAUUAUGCUGGGAUAAGCUCAAGCGUUGGGUUGACUGCUAACCCCAUUGUGAACUUCUCCGGUGUUGUGGGAAACAAUCUAUUUUCUGUGGGUAGUGAUGUGUCUUACGACACUAAGGAAGGAGCUUUAACCAAAUGCAACUUCGGAGCAAGUUUCACAAAUGCUGAUCUUAUUGCUUCUUUGACUCUGAAUGACAAGGGUGAUAGCUUGAGCGCAUCGUACUACCACACAGUGACUCCAGUGACAAACACUGCAGUUGGUGCAGAGGUGACCCAUAGCUUCUCAAGCAACGAGAACACCAUAACUGUAGGAACUCAGCAUUCGUUGGACUCGCUGACCACUGUGAAGGCACGAUUGAACAACUUUGGAAAGGCUAGCGCGCUUAUCCAGCAUGAGUGGCGCCCAAAGUCACUCGUCACUGUUUCGUCUGAGGUGGACACCAAGUCUGUUGACAAGAGUGCCAAGUUUGGGUUGGCUUUGGCUCUCAAGCCAUGAGUCGUUUUUUUUUUUCAAAUCGUUUGUUUUGUGAAUGGUUUAUAUACUGUGAUAUGGUUGGAGCUGGUUCUUUUGGCGGCUGAUUUUGGUUCUUAUAGAAAUAAUCUAGGUUGUUGCUCGAACUAUUCCUAGUUAUUUUUCUGUCGUUUUAUCACUUGUUUGGACAUGUUCGUUUUUUGACCCUCUUAUUAUCUUUAAUCAAGGGGUAUCUCAUUUCUUUGAAGUC